UGCUUUGAAACAAUCUGUACCUGCCCUGAUCUCACUGCAUCAUGAAUUUCUGUUUCACUAGCAUUCGCAACUUCUCAAAGCUUUGGAAGAGUCAUCAAUACCUUGGACUAGGGCCAGGACAGUCUUUAGCUGUCUUUAAAGACUAUUGUGGCCUCAAGAACCAAAAGAAGUGGUUUUCUCGUAAACCAGGAUCUCCACAAAACACUAAAGCAAAUAAUUUGCUGAUAGCUAAGGCCAAAUACCUCAGAAAAGGAAAUGUGGGGAGUAAUAAGCCAGAGUUUUCUGAGUCUCCUCAUUAUUUUGCAGCUGGAUCUGCUAAGAAGCGAUCACAAAACAUUAAUCCAAGUAAAGAUCGGGCCUUGCCACCCGUGAAGUGCUCUUUACAAAUCCCAACAAAACCUUUGACUUCAGAGGAGUGGGCUAAACUUCAGGCAGAUUUUAAAGGAAAAGCUAAUUUUGAAAAUUGGAUGUUCUCACAAAUGGUCCGCUCCCAUAGCUCUUUGGAUGUAGCCAAGUCUCUGCUGGCGUGGGUAGCUGCAAAAAACAGCGGUAUUGUAGGCUAUGAUUUAUUAGUCAAGUAUUUGUGUCUCUGUGUUUUUCAUAAGCAAACCUCAGAAGUUAUUGACGUCUAUGAAAUUAUGAAGACUCGAUACAAGAGCUUAGACUCUGGAGCCAACACUCUUCUUAUCCGGGGCUUAAUUCUUUCGGACAGAUGGAGAGAGGCUUUGGUCUUGCUAGAGAACAUUAAAAGAGUCAUGGUGCCUUCAAAAACCAACUAUAAUGACUGUAUCCAGGGAGCCCUCCUUCAUCAAGAUGCAAACUUAGCGUGGAAUUUGUAUCAGGAAUUGUUAGACUAUAAACUUAUUCCUGUUUGGGAAACUUUUAAAGCCUUCUUUGAUUUUGGGAGAGGCAUGAAAGAUGAUCAGUAUACAAAGAAGCUACUAGAUAUUCUCUUGUAUCUAAGAAAUAAUCGACUAUAUCCUGAGGAAUCAUUUGCACACAGUAUAAAAAAUUGGUUUGAGAGUGUUCCUGGAGAACAAUGGCAGGCACAGUUCACUACAGUUCAUAAAAGUGGUCAAUGCUUAGGCUGUGGAAAAACCAUAGAGUCUAGUCAACUGAGUUCGGAGGAGUAUGACUAUCUCAAGGGGAAAAUCAUGAUGGAUGUGAUCGAUGGAGGUGACCAGUACAAAAAGACAACACCUCAGGAACUCCAGAGAUUUAAGAACUUUGUAAAAACCUGUCCUCCUUUUGACAUUGUCAUAGAUGGACUUAAUGUUGCCAAAAUGUUUCCCAAAACUCAGGAAUCUCAAAGUCUCUUGGAUGUAGUCUCACAACUCUCCGAGAUGAAUCUGCGAUUAUUGGUCCUGGGUCGGAAGCACAUGCUGAUGCCAAGUUCCCGAUGGAGAAAGGACACGAUGAAAAAGGUUCAGAAGCUAGCCAGCUGUUUCUUUGCAGACAAUAUCUCUGAGGAUGACCCGUUCCUUUUGUACGCCACACUGCACUCGGGGAACCACUGCAAGUUUGUCACAAAUGAUCUGAUGCGGGACCAUAAGGCCUGUCUACCUGAUGUUAAGACCCAGAGCCUGUUCUUUAAGUGGCAACAGGGACAUCAGCUGGCAAUUAUUAAAAAGCUUCCAGGAUCGAAAGUAGUCUUUCAGCCUAUUCUCAGCUAUGACACAGUCGUGCAAACCACUGGAGACUCAUGGCACAUACCAUAUGAUGAUGACCAGGUGGAAAGAUACUCCUUUGAAGUGCCAACCAAAUGGCUUUGCCUUCACAGAAAAUCGUGAAGACUCUU